AUGGAGGGUAUACGAAGUCUCUCCAACCGCGCUGGAACAUCCUUCUCCGGCAUGUCCACGGUGCUGUUCAUCUUUUAUUUAAUGGAUUGCCUCCGUUCUAUUGGCUCCAUUAUCCUCUCUUCGUCUCUCAGUUACGUGGGCCUCGGCCUCGGAUCAAAACACUUAGCAUGCGUCCGCGACACUGGCGCAUGGGGCGCUGUUGCCGACCAGCCCGCCUUUUAUAAAUCAGAUGCGCUCCCAGUUGAGGCUCAACGAAUUACCCUCCUCUCAGAUUCUUCUCUGCCGCCACCUGUUCAUUGCGCUAUGAAAGGCAAGCCGCAUAUGGCCGACAUACAAUUAUGCAGCGCGCAGGUACCAUUGCCACUUGAGCGACCUUCCGAGCUCGGGCCUUUCCGGUGGGACAACUUCAACGAAGUCGGCCGCCCAAACCCCUUCCCGCCGAAAUCUCUCGACUUCCGCAGCAGUAACAUUCUUCUCGUGAACAUCUGGAUGUACUUCCAUAGCGCCAUGAGCUACGAAUGCGAGCGUCAUGACCGACUUCUUGCCACUCGAGAUAUCCAAGUUUGUCGAUUUUAUCCCCUGCUUGCAAAUCGCGCGGUAAGAUCAAUCCUGAAUAGUGCAAGCACAAUCCCGACACCAAGGGAUCGAUUCAACAGUGGGAGUGAUUUGAAUGUUCCUCCACACGAGUAUCGUGCUAUGCUGGAGCCGGCGGAGCCCUCUCUCCCUCUUAGCGAUCAUGCAAGCCUAACCCCGCGCAAGAAUCUCGGUGGCUCAUCGCAAGAUUUCCAGCCUCGAGAUAUUAAAAGGGGAAGCGGUAUUGUAUGUCUCGGACUUAAUAACGGCUCUCUCCGAGGUCAAAACAAGGUCGUUGACGGCCUUGUGUCAAAUGCCAAUUGA